AUGUCCUCUAUUUUGAUGUUGUAUCAACACAUCGGUACACCAUAUGAAAAUUUUUGUAGAGAACUCGUGCGGUUUUGCUUCCAUCAAAGAAGGAUCAUUAUGGCCGAUCAACAGAACUACGACCAAGAUAAAUUGUCGCAAGACCUUCAGAACACAUCCCUUGGUGGCCAGGGAGGAGCAGAUAGACGCCAAAAUGCCCAGAAUUCUUUCAAUGCUGGCGCAUCAUCAUUCGUACCUCAAGGCUACCAACAAUACCAACCUCAAGGGUACCAAGGAUAUCAGGCUCAAGGCGGAUACCAAGCACAAGGAUACCAGGGGUACCAGGGAUACCAAGGUUAUCAGGGAUACAAUAGUGCCCAAGGACAGGGAUACUAUAAUCAGGCUAACAGUGGCUACAACCAGUACGACCAGUAUGCCAGUUAUUCAGCUCAGCAGCCUGCUCAACCACAAGGAAUGUCUUUGGCUGAUUUUCAAAAACAAAGCCAAGCUUCUCAAGCUUCCUUGAACAAGCCAAAGCGUACAUUAAAGUUGGCUUCAUCGUCCGGAAUCAAGUUGGCCAACGCCAAGAAAGCACCUGAAAAGAAGGAUGAACUCGUGAAAGAGGAAAAGGAAGAGCCCAAGAAAGAAGAAUCUAAGAAGGAGGAACCCAAGAAAGACGAAACCGCAUCUGCUCCAGCUGUAGCUGCUGCCGUAGCUGCUGCACCAGUUGCAGCUGCUGCUUCAAAGUCUAAAGAGUCUACGCCUGUUCCAGAAAGCAAACCAGCUACCAAGGUCAAAGAGGCCAAAGUAGCCAGAGAGGCUGCUGCCGCUGCCGCUGCCAGUGCUGACGCUCUUGCUAAACAGCAGGAACUGCAUAUCGAUGCCGAUGUCGUUAAAGACUUAUUCGGUGGAAAAGAGCAUCUUUCAAUUAUCUUUAUGGGACAUGUGGACGCAGGUAAAUCCACCAUGGGAGGUAACAUUCUUUACUUGACUGGCUCUGUUGACAAGAGAACUGUGGAAAAGUAUGAGAGAGAAGCCAAGGACGCUGGUAGACAAGGUUGGUACUUGUCGUGGGUUAUGGACACCAACAAAGAAGAAAGAAACGAUGGUAAGACGAUCGAAGUGGGAAAAGCAUAUUUUGAGACCGAAAAGAGAAGAUAUACCAUCUUGGAUGCUCCCGGCCAUAAGCUGUACGUUUCCGAAAUGAUUGGUGGUGCUUCUCAAGCUGACGUUGGUAUUUUGGUUAUUUCUGCCAGAAAGGGUGAGUACGAAACCGGAUUCGAAAAGGGUGGUCAAACUAGAGAGCAUGCUCUCUUAGCAAAGACUCAAGGUGUGAACAAGAUUGUUGUUGUCGUUAAUAAGAUGGACGAUCCUACCGUCGGCUGGUCUGAAGACCGUUAUAAAGACUGUACUACCAAAUUGGGUGCUUUCUUGAAGGGAAUAGGCUACAGCAAGGAAGACAUUGUUUUCAUGCCAGUUUCUGGAUACACGGGAGCAGGCUUGAAAGAUCGUGUCAACCUGAAGGAUUGUCCAUGGUAUACUGGACCAUCGUUGUUGGAAUACUUGGACAACAUGAAGACGGCUGAUCGUCGUAUAAACGGCCCAUUCAUGCUUCCUAUUUCAGGUAAGAUGAAAGAUUUGGGAACUGUGGUUGAAGGUAAGAUUGAAUCUGGUCAUAUCAAGAAAAAUGAAAGCUUGUUAUUGAUGCCUAACAAGACAUCGGUAGAAGUGGUUACGAUCUAUAAUGAAACCGAACUGGAAUGUGACGCUGCUUACUGUGGUGAACAAGUGAGACUCAGAAUCAAGGGUGUUGAAGAAGAAGAUUUGGCACAAGGAUAUGUGUUGACUUCCCCAAAUAACCCCGUCAAGACAGUUACCAAAUUCGAAGCACAAAUUGCCAUUGUGGAGUUAAAAUCGAUUCUCUCCAACGGUUUUUCAUGUGUGAUGCACUUGCAUACAGCCAUUGAGGAGGUUAAGUUUGUCGAAUUGAAACACAAAUUGGAGAAGGGUACUAAUAGAAAGUCGAAAAAGCCACCAGCAUUUGCCAAGAAAGGAAUGAAGAUCAUUGCUGUGUUGGAAACCAACGAGCCUGUAUGUGCGGAGACUUAUGUUGACUACAACCAGUUGGGAAGAUUCACAUUGAGAGACCAAGGUACUACGAUUGCCAUUGGUAAGAUCACCAAGAUCUUGAAUUGA